CAUCUCGUCACAACAAAUUCCCAGAUCCUAAGUUUCCAUUCCGGCAACCAUGUUCGGCCUAGAUGGGUUGUUUUCCCAGCCAAGCGACCUUCUGUUGAAGGUGGCCAUGUUUGUGUUGAUCCAGGCUCUGGUUUAUCUCAUACUAUCCAAGUCAUCAAACAUCUUCUCAACUACUAAGAUGCGAUCUCUUAGCUUCCGGACGGUCCGAUCGGUGAGCAUCCGGCGCAUGUUGGCUGCUCUCUCCGACCUACCUCCCGGCGGCGAGCCCUCACCAUCAUCUUCGCUGUCUCCUGCCAGCAAUCGAUCGUCCGAUCGAGAAGAUUAACGCAUACUGGAUGGCAUGGCCAUGUCCAUCAUCAGUUUGGAAGGCUUUGAUUUUUACAGCUGAGGAUCGUUUGAUCUUGAUAUAGGUUAUGUAGAUGGUGCACCACAUUUGUUGGUGAUAUAUUAGGUAUGGGGGAGAUUUUGUUAAUUUGAUGUAUUGAAAUUGGUGGUGCUGUAACUAUUGAUUGAUUCCUAGGUUGUAGCUGUUGUCUCUUUGAUCAUGGAUAUUUUUCUUCCUUAGUUGAUUAUCAGGGGAUGAUGGGCAGAUUUCAUAUAACUUUGAUAUGAACAUUGAAAAUUUUGAUAAAUAUUUUUUCCCCCAUACUA